AUGGUAGAUGCUGAUGAUAAACCAUCAUUGGGAAUUGUUUAUGAAGGUAUGUUGAGGUCAGAAAAUGGAAUCAAAGAAAAGUUCAAGCAUAGGAAGAGUGCAUAUCAACCUUACAUAGAGAUUAUCAACUCAAGAUGGGACAAACAUUUGAAAAAAAAUCUUCAUGCAGUAGCCUAUUUCUUGAAUCCUGAUUGCUUUUUUUCUGAAAAUUAUAGAGAAUCACCUGAUGUCAUGCGAGCUUUACUUGAUCUUGUUACAUUGCAUUGCAAGGUUAAUAAUUUAGAUUCAGUUGAGGCAAUGAAAGAAAUACACUUAUAUAGAGAUCGAAAGGAAAGCUUUGAUAGGCCUGAAGCUGUUCCAGCUGCAAAAAAACUUCAACCUGAUGAAUGGUGGAGGUUGUUUGGUAGUUCUGCUCCAUGUUUACAAAAAAUGGCAGUUCACAUUCUUAGCCAAGCAUCUGCUUCUUCAUGGUGUGAAAGGAAUUGGAGUCUUUUUUAUCAAAUUCAUACAACAAGAAGGAAUAGAUUGGAGCAUGAUAGGCUAAGUGAUAUUGUGUAUAUUACAUAUAAUUUGCGUCUUAAAUCCAGAAAGCAAAAGUCGCAAUAUGAUCCAAUCGAUAUUGAAACUAUUGAUAAGGUUGAUUUUUGGGUGACGGAAGAGGUUGUUGGAAAAGAGCCUGAUCUUCCAAGUAAUAUUGAAGACUUGCUUCAUGAGAUUGAUGCUGAUUUAGAUCAAGGUGGUGGUGGUGGUAGUACUAGUACAUUUUAUGCUGCACCACUUGCUUUUUCUGGUCCAAGUAGUAGAAAUGAAGGUGAUGAAAUCAAUGACGCAAAUCUGCAGCAAAUUAUGGAGGAUUUUGAUGAUUGA